UUCAACGGACUCAGGAAGUUUUUCACUAAGCCUGAAAAUUUCCUUCCUCAUCAUUCAUACCUUUUGUAAUCUUUGGUUUUCCUUUUGUAGUGCCCCAGGGCCAAUAAUAAGGCAAUAACUCUUGUCUCCCUGAAAUUUUUAGUGUUGUUGUCACCUCUUUAGUACAUUUUUAGGCCGCCAACCAGGACAGUCAACUAGGAGACGGCCAAAAUUAUGGACCCAAUGGAAGUACUGCCUCAAUGCAAUGGCAACGGUUCGCCAGGAUUCUGCACCACUGACCCAUUGAACUGGGGUGCAUCAGCUGAGUCCUUGAAAGGUAGCCAUCUUGAUGAAGUGAAGCGUAUGGUCGAGGAAUACCGUAAGCCGGUGGUACGUCUGGGUGGCGAAACCUUAACCAUAGCUCAAGUGACGGCCAUAGCAAACCGGGAUGCAGGCGUCAAGGUGGAGCUUUCGGAUGAAGCCAGGCCGGCUGUUAAGGCUAGCAGCGACUGGGUCAUGGAAGGGAUGAAUAGAGGUACUGAUAGUUACGGUGUGACCACUGGCUUUGGUGCAACCUCUCAUAGGAGGACCAAGCAAGGAGCUGCCCUCCAAAAGGAACUCAUAAGGUUCUUGAAUGCUGGAGUUUUCGGCCAAGGUACUGAGUCGUGCCAUACGUUACCUCACACCGCGACAAGGGCGGCUAUGCUUGUGAGGAUCAACACUCUUCUGCAAGGAUAUUCUGGCAUUAGAUUUGAGAUUCUAGAAGCGAUAACCAAGCUACUCAAUGUGAACAUCACCCCAUGUCUGCCACUCAGGGGAACAAUUACUGCAUCUGGUGACCUGGUGCCACUGUCCUACAUUGCAGGGCUUUUGACUGGCAGGCCUAAUUCCAAGGCUGUUGGGCCCAAUGGUGAGGCCUUGAAUCCCUCGGAAGCCUUCAGCCGGGCUGGGAUCAAUGGUGGAUUUUUUGAGUUGCAACCCAAAGAAGGUCUUGCUCUAGUGAAUGGGACGGCUGUUGGGUCUGGCUUAGCUUCCUUGGUCCUUUUUGAGGCCAAUGUUCAAGCAGUCCUCUCAGAAGUUUUAUCAGCAAUUUUUGCUGAAGUUAUGCAAGGGAAGCCUGAAUUUACUGACCACUUGACUCACAAGCUGAAGCAUCAUCCAGGCCAGAUUGAAGCUGCGGCCAUCAUGGAACACAUUUUGGAUGGUAGCUCUUACAUUAAAGCAGCCCAAAAAUUGCAUGAAAUGGAUCCUCUUCAGAAGCCAAAACAAGACAGAUAUGCUCUUAGAACUUCCCCUCAAUGGCUUGGCCCUCAGAUUGAAGUGAUCAGGGCAGCAACCAAAAUGAUUGAAAGAGAGAUCAACUCUGUGAAUGACAAUCCAUUGAUUGAUGUAUCAAGAGAUAAGGCUUUACAUGGAGGGAAUUUCCAAGGUACCCCAAUUGGUGUGUCCAUGGAUAACACUCGUCUAGCCAUCGCUGCAAUUGGCAAACUCAUGUUUGCUCAAUUUUCUGAGCUUGUUAAUGACUACUACAACAAUGGUUUGCCUUCAAAUCUGUCUGCAAGCCGCAAUCCAAGUUUGGAUUAUGGUUUCAAGGGAGCAGAAAUUGCAAUGGCUUCUUACUGCUCUGAACUUCAAUUCCUUGGCAACCCUGUCACCAAUCAUGUCCAAAGUGCUGAGCAACACAACCAGGAUGUGAACUCAUUAGGCCUGAUCUCAGCAAGAAAAACAGCUGAAGCUGUUGACAUAUUGAAGCUCAUGUCUUCAACUUUCUUGAUCGCUCUAUGCCAAGCCAUUGACUUGAGGCAUUUGGAAGAAAACUUAAAGAACACUGUGAAGAACACAGUUAGUCAAGUGGCCAAGAGAGUCCUAACCAUGGGAUCCAAUGGUGAACUUCAUCCAUCAAGAUUCUGCGAAAAGGACCUGCUCAGAGUUGUCGAUCGCGAGUACCUUUAUGCUUACGUUGAUGAUCCUUGCAGUGCAACUUACCCAUUAAUGCAGAAGCUGAGACAAGUACUGGUAGACCAUGCCUUGAUGAAUGGUGACAGAGAGAAGAACUCAACCACUUCAAUUUUCCAAAAGAUCGAAGCCUUUGAGGAAGAACUAAAAACCCUUUUGCCCAAAGAAGUUGAAAGUGCUAGAAUCGAUUUCGAGAACGGAAAUACGGCCAUUCCUAACAGGAUCGAGGAAUGCAGGUCCUAUCCAUUGUACAAGUUUGUGCGAGAAGUUCUGGGGACUAGUUUGUUAACCGGCGAGAAGGUAAUCUCUCCAGGAGAAGAAUGUGACAAGGUCUUCUCAGCAAUGUGUGCGGGGAAGUUGAUUGAUCCAUUGCUGGAGUGCUUGAAGGAGUGGAAUGGUGCUCCUUUGCCCAUAUGCUAAGCUAAGGUGUUUACCAACGUCUCAAUUACACCAAUGUCACACUGUUUUAUACGUUCUUUUAUUUGUGCUCAUAAAAAGGUAACUUGUGUUACUAUGGAAAUUGUCAAGAACAAACGUCUGCUGUUUUCCUUUCAAGCUAUUGGUUUUUUUAUUACUUUUAUUAAAUGUUUCUUUUGUAUCAAGGACUUCAUUACGCCAUAUGUAAUGUAGAUAACAAGUGUUUUUUACACAUUCAUUAAAAUGC